CCCCACCUGAAUGACCUCCACCAGAAUGUGCCAGGGAGACAAGGAGUGGUGGGAGGUGAGGAAUCUGAGAGACAUCCAGGAGGAAACAGCUCCAGGGGACGUUGCUGGACAAGCUGUUACCCACAUCAAUAGCAGACUUCACCCCCUGUACGCCCUGAAGAGACUACUGAGAUAUGAAGCUCUUACCUCAGGGGAGAGCUCGUCUACUCCAGGUGCCUCGUAAUGACUUUGGCAACGUGUUCCUGUUCAAGCCCUGCAUGUUGCCAGUAGGUUGUGUCAUUCUUCAACUGCCAAACCUCAAGAGUAGCUAAGAAGCUGGACAUGGACUGUGCCUUUGCUGUCGCUGGCUUUAACUUCCACCAUGGUGGCUACUUUCAUGCUGUAACGGAUGGCUACAUUGUGUGUGUGUAUGUGUGUGUGUGUGAGGAGCAUGAGGAGAUCCUGAGUUCAGCUUGGGUGGAAGACCAAGAGAUCCAGAGAUCUAGUAGAAAGAGAAGCAGGAAAAGAGAGCCGUGUCUAACUGGACUCUGCUGGUGAAGGCCCUCUGAUCAGGGAGACACUCCAGCGGUGCUAUGGGAAGAAAGGCCCAACAGCCGGGGGAGGACUGGACCAACUGAAGAGCCAGAAUGGGGACAGGGUCUGUCGUCUGAAGGGGAGGGGGAUGAGGAGCGUAGGCAGCUGCUGCCACACUGGCACAGACUUGGCCCCAGGACAGUGGCACAGGGGGACCAAACGGGAGAAAAGGGUCCCGUUCGAGAAAUUCUUUGUGUCCUCUCAGACCAUCCACCUAGUCGGUUCCUCAUGAAAGACGGGGAGUGUAACUUCUUCUGCUUCUUCCGUUGCUGCUGAGUGGUGUCGGGCUAGUCUGUGGAACCGUGUUCUCUGGGAGCUGUAGUUCCCCCGGUGACGCUGACGGCCGGAGAGCUGUCAGUCAGUCCCAGAGAGAGAGUGCGAGAGAGAGAGAGGGGCUCUGCCGGGGAAUGUCUGUGGACAUGAACAGCCAGGCCUCUGACAGCAAUGAGGAUGACUUCGGGGUCAACUCUGAGGAGGACGAGGAUGACGACGGGGGUGACGAUGAGGACCAGGGGGACAUAGUGGACUACUACGACGGUGUGGCCGGAGACAUGGAGCAGCAGGGGGCCGACUCGUUUGACCCAGAGGAGUACCAGUUCACCUGCCUCACCUACAGUGAGAUCCAGAAGGUGCUCUGCAAGGAGGUCAACAGUAUCGCUGCCAUCCUGAAGGUUUUACCUGCUGUAGCCAAACUGGUCCUUGUGCAUUUUCACUGGCAAGUGUCACAAAUACUGGACAGAUACAAGUCCAACUCAUCUCAGUUGCUGUCUGAGGCCCAGGUCCAGCCCAGCAGCACCUGCAGAUCAGUUCCUACUCCUCAGUCCCUCCAGUGUGGGGUGUGUCUGCAGCUGGUUCGGAGGGAUGCCCUGCUUGCGCUGCCCUGCCAGCACUCCUUCUGCAAAACAUGCUGGGAGCAGCAUUGCACUGUACUCGUCAAAGAUGGGAUGGGAGUGGGUAUCUCCUGUAUGGCUCAGGAUUGUUCCCUCCAAAUGCCAGAGGACUUUGUGCUCCCGCUGCUGCCUGGUGAGGAGCUGAAGGACAAAUAUAGACGCUACCUCUUCAGGGACUAUGUGGAGAGCCACUUCCAGCUGCAGCUGUGUCCAGGGGCAGACUGUCCCAUCGUCAUCCAAGUGCAGGAGCCACGGGCCCGCAGAGUACAGUGCAUCCGCUGCAAUGAGGUCUUCUGUUUCAAAUGCCGGAUCAUGUACCACGCCCCAACAGACUGCCCAACCAUCCGAAGGUGGCUAACCAAAUGUGCAGACGAUUCAGAGACCGCCAACUACAUCAGUGCACACACUAAAGAUUGUCCUAAGUGCAAUAUCUGCAUUGAGAAGAAUGGAGGCUGCAAUCACAUGCAAUGCUCCAAGUGCAAACACGACUUCUGCUGGAUGUGUCUGGGGGACUGGAAGACCCAUGGCAGUGAGUACUAUGAGUGCAGUCGCUACAAGGAGAACCCAGACAUCGUCAACCAAAGCCAGCAGGCACAGGCCAGAGAGGCCCUCAAGAAAUACCUCUUCUACUUUGAGAGGUGGGAGAACCACAAUAAGAGUCUCCAGCUGGAGGCUCAGACGUACCAGCGGAUCCAGGAGAAGAUCCAAGAGCGGGUGAUGAACAACCUGGGCACCUGGAUAGACUGGCAGUACCUGCAGAACGCUGCCAAGCUGCUGGCCAAGUGUCGCUACACACUGCAGUAUACUUACCCCUACGCCUACUACAUGGAGUCUGGUCCUCGUAAAAAACUGAAUGUUCGUUGCUGUGGGAGAUCGUGCUGUCACAAUGCAUAUGAUUUUGAGUACCAGCAGGCCCAGCUUGAGGCAGAGAUUGAGAACCUGUCUUGGAAGGUGGAGCGAGCAGACACCUACGAGCGAGGGAGUGAGGGGGAGCUGAGCGCCAAUGACCGAGGGGAUCUGGAGAAUCAGAUGCACAUUGCUGAGCAGAGGAGACGCACGCUGCUGAAGGAUUUUCACGACACCUGAAGUUACCAUCCUACUGCAAAGCACCAACAGCUCCCUCCUUCAUCCCUCCCUCAUUAAGUGCUCUAUUUGUCUGCUACAGGGUCUCAGAAUGGCACAGUCCCCCCCUCAUUUAGAUCUGUCAACAACGCCACAUUCUUACACUACACCAUGAAAUGAGAAAGCAUUGCGCAUGCUCGCGCACUCACACAUACACACAAACACUCUUCAGAAAAUAAAACAAAUUCUUAAUUUUCCUCCCACGCGGUCCCACCAUCCUUCUACUUUUCUUUCUUCUCAUAUUGUUCACAUUUUUCUGGAAAUGGCUGUUGAUAGUUAGAUUGUUUAAGAAACGGAAAAUUUAAAAAAUGCUGUAAUUUUCCAUGGUUGUACAUUAAUACAGAAAUAGUUACUGAGUUUUUAAAACAAA